AUGGGCUUUCUCUAUAAAGCGAACACGAGACUCCACAGAGCGGCGUCAGAGGGAGAUGUAGACAAAGUGAACCACAUCUUGACUCAUGGAGAAGCUGGCGUUGACGACCGGGAUAAAAAAAACAGAUUUGCCGAGAAGUCUGGAUUUCCUGCAAGCUUUGCACUAAUUGCAGUUCUGUUUCCAGUACUGCCUUUACCACCUUAUAUCCCAGACGUCCACCUAUCUGGUUGGAGGAGUCCAGGGUUGAUUGGAGAACAGGUGGCAGGACUUUCAGGAACCAUUGGCCACACUGGCCACACCUAUACUGCUGUUUUGCGCAGGACCCCUCUCCAUUAUGCUUGUGCUUUUGGACAUUGGGAUAUGGUGGCCCUCUUAAUAGAGAAGAAAUGCAAUCUUGAACUUUUGGAUAAUGACUACAACACACCUCUGAUUAAGGCAGCAGAACACCAGCAUGAGCGCUGUGUAAAUCUUCUUCUCGAUAAUGGCGCCAAUCCAAAUGUUCAGGACAAGGAUGGUUACUCUCCUCUCCACAGAGCUGUCUUUUCUAGGAACACAGCAAUGGCAGAAAAGCUGCUUUCACACAAUGCAAAUAUGGAAUUCCAAAACAAGGAUGGCCACACGCCACUUCUACUUGCUUUGAAGCACAACAGACAACGAGUAGCAGCAUUGUUAAUUCGCAAAAAAGCAAAUAUACAUGUAGUUGACAAGGAGAAAAGAACAGCCCUCAUACUUGCCACAAAAUAUGAUGCAAAAUGUAUAGUUGAGCUUCUUCUUCAAGAAGGUAUUGAUGCCUUUGCUGAAGAUCAGUCUGGAAAGAACGCAUUAUCUCACGCUAUUGCUAGUGGUUUCAAUGUUUCAGGUAUGUUUGGAAUGCAGUCAAGACCCCUGCAAAAAUCAAGACUCCUUAGAAGGCGCAAUACUGUCCAUGAAGGGAAAGGAGAAGUUCAUAAAUAUUUUUGGCAAUCCAGGAAUGAUGGAAAAUAUGACCAGAAUAAGCAAGGAAAUCGAACCUUGCUAGACAGCAGUGAUUCUGAUAAUGAAGCAGAAAAUGUAGUUUGGAACACUUGUGCAAAAAAUAUGAAAGUAAAGAGCUUGCAUGGUACUCCUCCUACUUCACGUGGCAAGAAGAGUGUUUCUGAGCCUCUUCCACUGAGCUGUGUUGGCAAGUUUACUGUGGCUGAAGAUCAAAGAGCUGAACAGAAAAUAAACAAACAUAAAGAAGAUGAUCUUGGUACAUCUUCUCACAGGAAUAGAUUGAGAACAGCAAACAUAGCUCAGCCAGAUGAUGCAAGAAUUUUAGGCACACUGGUGUCCAAUGCAGCACCACCUUUAGAAAUUACAUCAGAGGAAGAGCAAAAUACACUUGAAGGAUCUGAAAGUAACCAGUUACUGGUUUCUACUAGCAAUAAAAUGGGAAAAGAUCUGUUGGAUAAAUAUCACAGGAUAAAGGAUAUAAUUGCUAGGAAAAGAAUAGAAAUAGACACAAUAAAACAUGAGAACCAAGAAAAGGAAAAGAAAUACCUUGAGGAUAUUGAAAUUUUAAAAGGAAAGUAUGAUGACCUUCAAAAGACAAUCAAGCAGAAAGAGGAAACAGCUGGAGCGAAUCCAUUCCAGGAUAAUGAACAAUUUAAUAAGAUGAAAGGUGAGAUAACAAUGCUAAAAUUUCAACUGGAGUAUGAAAAAGAAAACAGGGAAAGACUGGAAACAGAAGUUAAGUCGUACCAUGCCACAUUGGCUGCUGAACCCUUCCAUCAUUAUGAAGGCCAGACAUCAAAAGGAUACCAAGAAUUUGCUUUCCAGUCAACCAGAGAGGAAUACUUGCGUUCACAGGCCAAAAUGAACUUUGAUAUCUCUCGCCUAAAAGUUCAUAGUGAGGUUGUUUCCGAAGACCUUGUUAAGUAUGAAGAAAGAUUCUGUAGCCUAAAAAAUAAAGUCUGUCAGACAAGACAUGCUGUUAAAGAAAUGACUUUGAAUUUAGAAACUCUACAAAGAGACCUACGGCAAACACAGUGUCAGAUAAAGAAAAUUAAAUACACAUAUCACAAUGAACAAACUAAAGUGAAUAAAUAUGAUGGGAAGCAGGAUUCCACAGAGGAGAGAUUACAACCACAGACUGAAAAUACAUUGCUUCAACAGCAGUUGCACAAACCUCACAAUGAAUCUGUCAAUAAAGACACAGUAAUAAGUAUCCAACAGCAAUGUCAUGAUAUUGUAGAAAAACUUCGAGCUGAGACUAAAAACCACUAUCUCAUUCUGGAAAACAUAAUUAAUAAAUUAAGCAGUAAAUGUGAUCGUAUUGAAGAAAGACUGAAUCAAUAUGAAAAUGAGAAAACAGAAAGAACAGUAAGUACCAAGCAUAAAAACAUAUGA